AUGGUCGACAGCACACAAACGCAGACGCACAACAUUUACGCACAUAUACAAGGUGCCCUCCGUGAUCGCAUCGCUGCUGCCGAUGUGGACAUUGAAAGCACGAGCGGCUUCGGCACUCUGGGCAGGGAGGCCGGACUCCCAAACCGUGUAUCCACCGACUUCUGCGUGAUCAACAUCAUUCUUGACUCGAAAGCAUCUCAAAUGGACAAAAUUGCGUAUGCGGCGCCAAAAAUGUUGUGGAUCGGGGUCGCUUCGUGA